AACAUCAUAGUUACUGUAAAAUCACUAUUACAUGUCAUGUGAGAAUUGGAAAGAAGUGACAAGACUGUCAAAUAUUAUGCUUCUCAAAACAUGUAGGAUCCACCAUCUUAAAGUUAUACAAGUUACAACCCCAUAGGUUCCAAGAGAGAGCCAAUUAUAAAGGGCUGCUCGUAAAGAAACCAACUGAAAAAAAGAAACCUUCUCUCAUCUAUAGUUUUCAAAGUCUAUAAACUACUUCCUAUUUUAUAGGUUAUGAGCUUUCUAAUCUCUGUUGUCUUUCAUCUCUUGUUUGUUGGUAAACUGUUUUUUUCUGAGUUUUGUUCUGUCCCUUCCUGUCUCAAAGCUUGUCAUAUAACUCUUCCACACUUGUAAAGAUAUUAACCGAUAAAGCUCCUCCCAGAAAUCGUUGCUUCUGGAUCUCACUCUCUUCAAAAUUUUCAUCAAACAACAGAAACCUGAAGCAUUUUGUCUCCAUGGAAGCCAAUAAUAAUGUAACCAGCCUUCGUGUAGCAUCAUUUUCUUGUUACCUUAGCAACCCUGAUGACCAGAGCUUUUUACAUAAACUAGGAGGCUCUUAUGAAGAGCCUUAUCCUGCUGUUGUUUUACCACCUGAGAACCCCUUUUCUGUAAGAGCUACUAAGGCACCUACUAGUAAACCAUCCUCAAAUAACACUCGAGAUAACCUUGCCAAUCUUCGCGUUGAGUCUUUCUCUUCUUAUCUCAAGACUGAAGAAGACAACUUCGCAUUUAAGGCCUCAGGUGUUGCUCCUGUUCAAGAUCCUACUAUUGCAUUUGUUUUUCCUCAGCAAACUUUGGUUAGCACUCAGAAACACCAAGAAAGAACCAAGUUGAAAGACGGGGAACUAAGCAUAUUUGGAGCUGACAAGUAUUUCAACAAGAAACUGGAAUAUGGAGCUGUCCCUACAUCUGUGGUGAAGUAUGGCGGGCAGACGAACAACGGGAUGGUGGAUCUUCCCCACCUGAAACCCAGUUCCCGGACAGGAACUCCAAGCAUUUAUUCAGAAGCAAGCAGUUUUAACAGUCAAAGUGCACUGAUACAAAAUCUUCCAAGAAAUAGAUAUCAAACAAACCAGAAGAAGUCGACAGGAAGGAGUUUUUUUGCCAGCUUUGGUUGUCCCGGACCUUGUUCAGGAAAAAAAGCAGUCCGUGUGGAUCAAAGCUCGGAACCUGGACUUCCCCAGCCAGGAUCAAAACAUUCAACAGGUCAUUUUGCACUAAGUUCUGGCACGGCUUCUGUGGACGAGAAGUUGAGAGUAGUCAAAAAACACUUGGAUGAUCAAGAUCAAACCAUAGAAGAACAAAGAAAAUCAAUAGAAGUGUUUGGCUCCGGAAAAAUGAGAAAAGGAGACAUAGCAGUAAAUUUAGAAAGGAAACUCUCCAUGUUAACUUGGGAUGCCAUUCCUAAAGUCCAAAACCUCCCUAGUACAACCAUCGGAAGCAGUACAGUUUGCGAUGACAUGGCUAGUGAUGCUAGCUCUGAUUUAUUCGAAAUUGAGAAUAUAUGUAGCAGUGGAUAUGGACUCAUGAAUUCACAAACUAGCGAUUACGUUCCUGGCUGCAUGUCUCCAACAACUCAGUAUGCACCAAGUGAGGCCAGUAUGGAGUGGAGUGUUAUCACAGACAGUGCUGCUGGUUACUCAUCAGUUAUCUCAGAUUAUGAUGCAAAGAGAAUUAGCAUUAGUGGUAAUGCAAUUCCAAGAAAUGCAGCAUGUACAAACACCAAAACCAAUAAGAAUGCAGUCAACAAAGAAGAUCAAAAAACCCGGCCAGGCGGGCUUUUAGGUUGCAAGAGUCACAAAGCAGUAAGUGUGGUUGAAACUGUAUACAAGACUGGUGAGAAUACAAAACAUCACCAGCGUGGUUAAUCGAGAUGAUUAGCCCCUAAUUAAUCAGUAUUUUCUUGUUAAAUAAGAGUGUUGAAAUAAAUUCAGUUUGAAUUUUAGGAGUUUGUACUUUGUAAUAUCUUUAGUAAUGAAUUUGUAUUUUUCUUGUCUCUCUUGAGAAUAUAUUAGUUUUAUUAUUUUAGCUAA